UGCGCAACUUGUUACAGGCGGAAUUGGCAACAGCUACAGAGACUCUCUGGUUGCUCGCUCCCUGCUCACACGGUCUCAUCUGUCUCCCUCUGGCGGCUACUCCCUGCAACUGCUGCCGCCGUGUUAUAAUGGGAGUCAUGGGGGCUGAGAAGAAAACAACAGAAAAUAAAUAAUGCCUACAUGCUGGGGGAAGAAGCAGUGCGCCAUCUGUACUGGGUCUUAUAGAUUCCGCCACACUCGGACUCAAGGUGCUUUACAGAAACCAUGAAUAUAAUACAAAGGUGAGGCAGCCAUUUUGGGUCAUCAGUUCCAAAGAUUAUCCAUCCUACCCAAGAAAGAUCCAGGAAGUAAGGAGCUGCUAGAAAGUGAUCCAGGUGAGAAGCAGGAAGGUAAGAAACACAGACACAGAGAAAGAGUGACUUAGAGAGACACAGAGAAGCUGACGGAGCACAGGUGGUAGAAGAGGUACAGAAUUUAUUGAGAAUGGGUCCUCCUCUUAAGCUACAUGAGCUGAUCAGAGCCAUUCGCAGUGUUAAGACACAGAAUGAAGAGAGAGAGGUGAUCCAGAGAGAGUGUGCUGAGAUCCGCUCUGCUUUUCGGGAUGAGGACUCCGUGUACCGUGGCCGUAGUGUGGCCAAACUGCUGUAUAUGCAUAUGCUGGGUUAUCCUGCACACUUUGGACAGAUGGAAUGUCUGAAACUGAUAGCAUCCCCCCGAUUUACAGACAAAAGAAUUGGAUACCUUGGUGCCAUGAUGUUGCUGGAUGAGAGGCAGGAUGCCCAUCUAUUGAUAACCAACAGCAUGAAGAGAGACUUAGAGCACAGCUCAUCGGUGGUGCAGGGCUUGGCUCUCUGCACACUGGCCUGCUUAGGAUCUGCAGAGAUGUGUCGGGACCUGGCUGGGGAGGUGGAGCGUCUUCUGAAAACAUCAAGUGCCCAUGUCAAGAAAAAGGCAGUACUCUGCGCUGUGCACAUUAUCAGAAAGGUCCCUGAAUUAGUGGAAAUGUUCAUCCCUGCCAGUGAGGAGCUACUGGGGGAGAAGAGGCAUGGGGUGCUAUAUGGUGCGGUUCUCUUGGUCACCGAAAUCUGCCAGCGACACUCUCCAGCAAGUAAACGUUUUCGCAAGAUUCUCCCACUGCUUCUGCAGAAACUCAGACAGAUCAUGUCUGGUUACUCUCCAGAACACGCAGUGUCUGGUAUCACUGAUCCCUUUCUGCAGGUCCGUCUUCUUCGACUAUUGAGAAUUUUAGGGCAGCAUGAUGAAAGCGUCUGUGAUGCAAUGAGUGACUUGCUUGCUCAGGUUUCUACUUGCACAGAAACACAGUCUAAUGCUGGUAAUGCUGUUUUGUAUGAAACUGUUCUCACUAUUGUGGAAACCAAAUCAGCAAGUGGCCUACGGGUUCUUGCUGUUAACAUCCUUGGACGUUUUCUACUAAGUAAUGACAAGAACAUUAGAUUUGUUGCUCUCACAUCUCUCCAGCGCUUGGUGCAGUCUGAUCAUGCAGCAGUACAGAGACACAGGGGCACAAUUGUGGAAUGUCUCAGACAGAUGGACACAUCAGUAAACAGGAGAGCAUUAGAGCUGUGCUUUGCACUUGUCAAUGAAACAAAUAUUCGUGUGAUGAUGAUGGAACUUCAGAGGUUUCUGCGACACUGCCCACCGGAGCUGAAAGAACAGUGUGCAUCUGGGAUAUUCCUGAGUGCCGAGAAGUUCUCACCUUCUAAGCGCUGGCACAUAGAUACCAUCAUGGAGACACUGGUCACAGCUGGGGAGAGUGUCCGUGAUGAUACAGUCUCAGACCUUAUUCAGCUGAUCAGCGGAUCCUCGGAGCUGCACCAUUACAUUGUGCAAAGACUUUACAAGGAAGUGAGAAAAGAUAUCGUACAGCAGCCAUUAGUUCAGGUGGCAUCAUGGUGCAUUGGAGAGUAUGGAGACCUCCUACUGCUGGGCUCGGAUGAAGAGGAAUCUGUACAGGUAACUGAGGAUGAUGUUCUGGAUGUGCUGGAGGGUAUAUUACAGUCCCAUAUUUCCCUGCCAAGUACACGAGCAUACACGCUGACAGCCAUCAUGAAACUGAGCACACGCUUUGAGAACGGUGUAGACCGUAUACGCCGUGUGGUAUCUAUAUACGGCUGCUGUCACGAUGUGGAGUUACAGCAGAGAGCAGUGGAAUACAAUGCGCUGUUCAAGAAAUAUGAUCACAUGAGGUCAGCUAUCCUUGAGAAGAUGCCACUACCAGAGAAAUCCACUACAGGAGAUAAUGCAAGUUUCAUCAGAGAAGUCAAAGAAAAAGAUGUGAGCCCACCUGCACUCAGUUCCUCCUCCAGCCAGCCAGUGAGCCAUGUUACAGACCUCUUGGGAUUGUUGGAUGUGGGCACUGACAGCAUACUGACACCUGUGGCCUCUGGGGCAUCAGCUGUAAACCAGAUUGUACCCAAUGGGGGCAGCUUGCUGGACCUGCUGGAUGAGACUCCCAACCCAGCCGCUCUGCCUUCAAUUGUUGUAUAUAAUAAGGACGGGCUUGAAGUGGAAUUCUCUUUCAUGCGUCCACCAUCUAGUCCUGCCCUCCUAGUCAUCAAUUCUUGUGCCAGAAACUCCUCUUCUAGCGACAUCACUGACUUCCAGUUACAGGCAGCUGUGCCCAAGAGUGUUCAAAUACAGCUUAUGGCACCGAGUGGUUCUUCGCUUGAAGCAUCUGGUGAAGGAUCAGUCACACAGUCUAUCCGCGUCCUGAACCCCCAAAAGAUUCCACUACGAAUGCGUGUACGUUUGUCUUUUAUGCACAAUGGAAAUUCAGUACAUGAAAUAUGUGAAGUCAGCAACUUUCCUCCAGGAACUUGGCAGUGACCGGAUGUAACACCAGAGGAAAGAUGGCCAGUUUCAGAGUGGACAUUAUAGGGGACCAUGUGGUCCUCAGGGACUCUAAGAUGAAGGUGAAAUAGAUGUUGAAGAACUGGUCGGAACACACAAGUGUUUCAUUUAUCAGAUGUGUUAGAACUGGAAGGGAAGGAUGUACUUCUGUGUAUUACCAAAUAUAUCAUACUCCUACAGAACACUAUAUGCAAAUGAAGUUUCUUACUUUAUAAAACUCUCACGCACCAAACAGUUGCAGGUUGGCAAUGGCUGAAAUGUAUUUUAAUAAAGUUUCUUU